CUGGAGUUGGGAGAGGAACCCAAUCUGUGCCACAGUAACUGCACAGUCAACUAAAGCAUAAAUAUUACAAAAUAUUUAUCGAAAUCGUUAUUUACUGCUCGUCUUGUUUUUUUGUUUUAUUGUAUUAUAAGCGGAUUGACUCGUACAAGUAUUUGCAUCAAGAAGACCACUUGCCCGCAUCGAAUCAUCGCUCCAUCCAAUGUUCAUGUAGACAUUCUGAAAUUACAUGUUCCUCCAUAUUUCGUUGGGAUUGGAUUACACAAAAGGCGGCACGGACUCACACAAUUAUUCACUCUUCUCAUUGGAUCAACUCUCAGGGAGACACUCUUAAAGGGACAGAUCCACUGCUGCAUCUCCCUCCUGCAGCCUCAGACACAGACACAGGAGAAAGGAGGAGGACAGAGAGAGGGAGAGAUAGAGGAGAUGGAGAGAGCGAGAGAGAGAGAUGGGUAUCUGAGGGGGAGAGAGGAUAGUCCCUGCGUCCCUGCAGCUGCAACAGGGAGCCCCAGACCCCGGAGAUGAAUAAGCUGCGUCAGAGCCUGCGCAGGAAGAAGCCCACCUACGUGCCAGAGGCCAGCAGACCCCACCAGUGGCAGGCCGAUGAGGAGGCAGUACGCAAGGGCAAAUGCAACUUCCCCGUCAGGUACCUGGGUCUGGUGGAGGUGGAGGAAUCCAGAGGGAUGCAUGUGUGCGAGGAGGCUGUGAAAAAGCUCAAAAUUAGUGGGAAGAAGACAGUGAAAGCAGUUCUGUGGGUGUCUGCAGAUGGUCUCAGAGUGGUGGAUGACAAAACCAAGGACCUCAUCGUAGACCAGACCAUUGAGAAGGUGUCCUUCUGCGCGCCCGACCGCAAUUAUGACAAGGCUUUCUCCUACAUCUGCCGUGAUGGCACCACGCGACGCUGGAUCUGCCACUGCUUCAUGGCCCUGAAGGACUCGGGCGAGCGUAUGAGCCACGCCGUGGGAUGUGCCUUCGCCGCCUGUCUGGAGAGGAAGCAGCGGCGCGAGAAGGAGUGCGGCGUCACAGCCUCGUUCGACGCCAGCCGCACCUCCUUCGUGCGCGAGGGCUCGUUCCGCGUGACGUCGUCCAGCCAGCAGGGUGGCGAGCGCGAUGACAUCAUGAAGCAGCUGCAGGACAAGAAGAAAGAGCCCCCGUGUACCAUCCCAGCCAUCCCCCCUGGCACCUCCUCACCCCCUGAGGGCGAGGCCUCGCCCGUGGGGCAGGGGGUGGAGCACGCAAUCCCACGGCGCCACGCGCCCAUUGAGCAGCUGGUGCGGCAGGGCUCCUUCCGGGGCUUCCCGGCCCUCAGCGGGAAGAACUCGCCGUUCAAGAGGCAGCUCUCGCUGCGCCUCAACGACCUGCCUUCCAACCUGCAGCGCAAGACCGCCGACUUCCAGAGCAAGAACCCAGUCCCAGAGAUGGAUCUGUCUGUGUGUGGCGAGGCAGACAACAGCAUCAACGCUCUGUGCAGCCAGAUCAACCAUUCCUUCACUAGGCCCUCUGAGGAACUCUUCUCCAACCCCACCCCCAACGGCCUGCCAGCCUGCACUGUGCCCCCAGCCAUCCCCCCUCCACCCGCCCCCCUGCAAGCCACGUCCUCCUGGGUGCAGGCGGAGCCCCCGGUCCAGUCCCCUGUCCACAGUGGACACAGGAGGACGCCCUCCGAGGCUGAGCGCUGGCUGGAGGAGGUGGCCCAGGCCGUCAAGGCCCAGCAACAGACCCCCAACCUGCCCCCGCCACCCAUCCAGCCCACCCCUGCCAUUCCAGGGCCACCCAUGUCAAACACAGCUGUGUCUGUGCCACCUAUGUCUAACCCACUUAUGCCUGGCCCACCUAUGUCAGGUGUGCCCAUGCCGGGGGCAACCAUGCCAGGGGUGCCUGGCUCCCUGCCCACUUCCAUGCAGCCGUUUCCCUUGGCGUUUGAUGCCACUCCUGCGCCCGUGAGCCUGUAUAACCAGCCACCUCUGCAGCCAGCGUUUGUACCCAUGCAGGCCUACAUGCCCGCCCUGGCCAACAGCAUGGUGUACUCCAACGCCAGUGUGCCUGUGGUGGGCAUCACGCCUUCCCAGAUGGUGGCUAAUGUCUUCUGCACGGCAGGCGGCUCUACCGGCGGGCCUUCCAUGGGCAUGUGUACAGGGCCCAAAAUGGGCACGCUCACCGGCGGGCACCGCCACUCUUUCUCCGGCCAGCCGGGCGGGUUCCCUAUGCCACCCUUCGGAGCUCAUUCCACCGUCAACGGCCUCCCACACAACAUUCCCACCUCCCCCGCCACCAUCAUGCAGAACGGCACCAGCAGCAAUGGCAGCAGCUGGCCACCGGAGGGCGCACAGCAGGCCAACCCGCCCCCAGCCAAUGCCCAGGAGGUUGAUCGCUUCGAGGCAAAGUGGGCCGCGCUGGAGACCAAAUUGCAACCCAAGGCGGCGCCCAACCCUUUCUCCAAUGACUUGCAAAAGACCUUUGAGAUCGAGCUUUAACUCUGUAUUAACCCAGGUCAGGCCACUGCAUAGACUAUGAUGAUGCAGACACCCAACCACAAUGAACCACUCCACUCCCCCCCCCUCCAGCCCCCUGCCCCUAAAUGCUGUCGCUCCCCGUCCUCUUGAUUUUCUCCUCCUCUGUUGAGACCCCAGGAUGUAAAUUGGGUCUGAAUGCAGGGGGGACAAGAUGACUGUGUAUGAGGUUCCUCGCGAUGCAUUCCCUGGGAUUUCUAGCAAUCAUGUUCUGCGUUGGGAUCUAUGGAAGAGCCAGAGAAUAUGGAUACAUCACAUGACACCGAGAUGAGACACUGAGAGAGAUUAUGUUGAUGGUACCCAAGCACAGCAAAGGCCCUGGUUGACUAGCCAAUGACACGAAUCGAUGGUGGAGACCCCAAAGGAGGCGUCGACCAAUAAGAGUGACAGACAGUUUGAUUGCCAAAAUGGUUAUAUUUAUGAUUUUUACUUAGCUUUUAACCUGUUAUAGUUUUACAUUGUUGUUUCUCCCUGUAUUUAUUUGUGUGGAACUGAAAAGAGGAGGAAAAUAACUAGCAGCUGAAACUGUGUCAGCGGAGAGAGCAAAGAGAGCGAGUGAGUCAUGAAACGAGAGGUUGGAAACGAGUGUAAAUAGCAUGCUUUUUUCACCCUCUAUUUAUUACCAAUCCAUGUAUAACCGUCAAUUUGCUACUCAACCCAAAUGAGUCACCGUUAGCUAAAUCACCAUGGUGAUCUCACCCCUCUGUCCCAGUGCCACUCCACCUGCAGGACAGACACACUAGAACCCUAGAACAUUCUGGAAAGGGUCCAAAUAGUGCGGCACAUUCCAAGUUGGUUGGUUGAUUUGCAUUAUAUUCUAAAACAUGGUAGUAGUCACCCGCGUACAAGUGUAGUCAGUCAACACUAUGAGAGUCUAUUUGGAAGUGUUGAGCCUAAGAUUUAAGAGAUUAGGGAUGGGAGAUCUUGAGCACUUCGUAAGAUAAAGAGGGUAAGUUUGGGGUGAGUUAUGUUUUUUUUUGUCACUGGGGCUGCAUUUGAAAUGGCACCCUAUUCCCAUAUAGGGCCUUGGGCAAAAGUAGUGCCUCCCUAUAGGCACAGACGUCAAUUCAACAUCUAUUCCACGAUGGUUCAAUGCAAUUUCCUAGAAAUGACGUAUAUACAACGUUGAUUCAAUCGGUGUGUGCCCAGUGGGCUGGGUCAAGCUGCACUUCUGACAUAAUGGGACUACAGUCCGUUUGUAGAGGCUUCUGGAUCCAGGCUCUUGUCUUGAGGCCAUUGUGACGGGCAGAAGUUAUGGCACCUGCUGUGUGUGGUCUACCAGGCUGAGGAAAGAUGGCUAGAGGAAGUGAUUAGUCAUUUACCACUUUAAACAGACAGAGGAAGGCAUCCAUCUUUGUAGAGGGGAAACAAAGACAUGAAAGUGACACGGUUAGUCGGGGGGGGGGGGGGGGGGUGGAGAAGGUGAAAGAUAGACUGAGAGAACGAGGGCAUGUGAGAAUGAGUUUGAGGAUGUGGACUAUUGAAAGGCUGUGGUGAACUGAGAAAAGAUGAAAGAAGAAAAGGUUGGAUUAAUCAAAUACCAUACAGGCAAAACGGUACGUUAAACAGACUGGUUGUUUCAUUCCUUUAAACUCCUUUCACUGCUCCCAAACAAAGGCACUUCUGUUAGAGUUAUAGUCACCAUGCAUUUAGCGCUCCACAGAAACAAUACUUUACUGUUUGAUCGUAAUCUCAAAAGAGGCAAGCAUUUCCUUCCGUGAACUUUAGUUGAAACACACAAAGACAAUAAAUAUGCAGUAUACUAUAGCUACAACCCCAUAUUGGAAUUUUAGCCCACUUGGCAGGACUUCCAUUGGCAGGUCAAGGCGGGGCAAACGCAUGUGCUUCGAUGGGAUGCUUUAUGCUAUUUGUCAUUAUACUGCUUUAUGUACGAUCCUGCCCCAGACGACAUGAGUGUCUGGGAGUGAGACGGAGUGGGACCCAGGGGACCAGUGUUAUUGAAUGGACAUCACAACUAGACAAACAGGCUCCAUCCAUCCCGCUCUCCUGGUCAUUAACUCCUUAGGACUCCUCGGCCAAUCAGGCUUUGUCAUUUUUACAUGCGGCACAAUACUGGCUGACAUCCAUUCGCUUUCGCAAAGAUAUAAAUCACCAGUGAGGGGCCCAUGUUUUUGCUCAUUUAGACAAAUCGAUUUUCGAAAUUUAUUCUCUCCCCACCUUUUAAGAGAAAAAAACGUAGUCAUUCAUGAAAUUUCUGUUUUCAUUUUGUUAAAUUCCCGUUAUUUACACGCCCUCUAAAUUCAAAUGUAGGUUAAUGACGUUCAGAAUAAGAAACUAAAUGACCUCCUAAACUUGAUUGUAAACCAUAGUGUAGUGAUAACAAACCAGUGGAGUUUAUUUUUAUUCUUUAUUCACAGAAUUUUGUAUUUAAACCUACAUAUUUGUAUUGUAAUUACAUUGUACAAAGAUAAAUAAAUAAUAUAAUAUUAAACUUG